AAGGAGGUAGUAUAAUGUGACAUUUAUAACGUUAAAAGUCGAACCAAAUUUUUUAAUACUAAUGGACCACAGUAAAAUAGUACCUGACUCAACAAAACAAAAAGACACCAUCUUCAAUUCUUCAUAAGCAUUGGACAGCACAAAUUGGUGUUUGAAGAGACACCUUAUCCUCAAGGAGUUCAGGCCACCCGUGUACAGUAGCAACGGCAAAGCAAUGCCCACUUUGAACCUAUUCACCAACGUGCCUGUCGAUGCUGUUAUUGCUUCCGACAUUCUCAGGGAUGCCACCAAAGCUGUUGCAAAGAUCAUCGGAAAACCCGAAUCAUAUGUGAUGAUUUUGUUGAAUGGGAGAGUGCCUAUUGCAUUUGGUGGGACUGAAGAACCAGCUGCUUAUGGAGAACUCGUAUCAAUUGGGGGUCUUGAUCCAAGUGUUAAUGGAAAACUGAGUUCUACUAUUGCUGAAAUCCUUCAAACUAAGCUAUACAUUGAUAGCUCCCGAUUCUACAUCAAGUUUUAUGAUGCGCAGCGCUCAUUUUUUGGGUUCAAUGGCUCAACCUUCUGAUAAGACCUUCUUUCAAGUUAUGGACUUGGGACAGUUUCACAAGAAAAGAAUCUAUUUCAUCUUUCUGUGGAUUAUUACAAAUUUGUAUGCGUAAUUGUUGUGAAAGAAUACAAGUGAUAUAUAAAAAUGGGAAAAUGCAUCCUACUUUAUCCCUCUUCUUUAUC